GAGAGAGAUGGGAGAUAUAGAAAGAGAAGCAAUGUUAGAGCGGGAGAAGGAAGAAGAAGAAGAGGAAGAAGCACAAGCCCAAGUGGAUAUUUGGAGGUACAUAUUUGGGUUUGUGGAACUGGCAGUGGUGAAAUGUGCCAUAGAACUGGGCAUAGCUGAAGCCAUAGAAGCUCAUGGAAGACCCAUGACACUGUCGGAGAUAUCAACAACUCUAGGCUGUGAUCCUUCACUUCUGAACCGCAUCAUUAGGUUCCUCACACACCGAAAGAUAUUCAAAGCCAUACCCACCAGCCAUGGCUACCCGGGCUAUGCUCAAACACCUUUGUCUCGGCGUUUGAUGAGAACGGGACAACAUAGCAUGGCAGCUCUUAUUUUGCUGGAGAGUAGUCCUGUAAUGCUAGCACCGUGGCAUUGCCUAAGUGCUCAGGUCUUGGCCAAUGGCAAUCCCUCAUUUGAAAAGGCUCACGGUGAAGAUUUGUGGCGCUAUGCUGCGACAAAUCUUGAUCACAGCAAUCUCUUCAAUGAAGCAAUGGCAUGUGAUUCUAAGCUUGUUAUGCCUAUUAUCAUUGAAAGUUGCAGCGAGGCAUUUGAUGGUCUCAACUCCUUGGUGGAUGUGGGUGGGGGCAACGGCACCACCACGAGCGUCCUUGUUAAGGCUUGCCCUUGGAUUCGAGGAAUCAAUUUUGAUCUUCCUCAUGUCAUUGCUGAGGCUCCAAAGUGUGAUGGGGUGGAACAUGUUGCAGGCGACAUGUUUCAAAGCGUUCCCAAAGCUGAUGCUGCUUUUCUUAAGUGGGUUUUGCACGACUGGAGAGACGAAGAGUGCAUCGAGAUCUUGAAGAAAUGCAGGGAAGCUGUUCCUAAGGAAAAUGGAAGGGUUGUUAUUGUGGAGGCAGUGAUUGAAGGUGGAAAGCAUGAUGGGUUGAAGGAUGUAGGAUUGAUGCUGGACAUGGUAAUGAUGGCGCAUACUAAUUUUGGCAAGGAGCGUACCCUCAAAGAGUGGGAAUAUGUCAUUCAAAUGGCAGGAUUUAGCAAAUACACUGUGAAAACCAUCCAUGCUGUGCAGUCUGUCAUUAUUGCUUUCUACUAAAACUAUAACAGAGAAACUCUAAAUUUAAGUUUAAAUUGUCGAAACGUUUAAUGUUUGUGUGCAUGCAAGGCUAUAACUUAUUAGCCUUCCCUCCAAAUAAAAUAGUAAUCUAUCCUUUAUGCAGUUGUUGGUACGAUCAUCAAUUCGUUUCUGCU